AUGGCCGAAGAUUCAAAGCUUUGGGAUAUCAUCUGUGAUGGUCCCCAUAUCCCAGUUCACACAAGUAAAGACGGUAAAAAGACCACUGUCAAAAUAGGAAAAGAAUACAAUGAAGCUGAUAGAAAGAAAGUGGAGAAGAAAUAUAAAGCCAAGAAGAUUCUUGUAUGUGGAAUAGGACUGGAUGAGUACAAUGGAGUCUCAGUUUGCUCAUCAACAAAAGAGAUCUGGGAAGCUCUCCAAACUGCUCAUGAAGGAACUACUCAGGUAAAAAACUCCAAGAUUGACAUGCUUACCACUGAGUAUGAGAUGGUCAAAAUGAAAGAGAGUAAAUCUAUUCAUGAGAUGCACACCAGAUUCACCUCCAUAAUCAAUAAGCUCUACUUUCUUGGAGAAGUCAGCACAACUACCAAGCUGGUAAGGAAGAUUCUUCGUGUAUUACUUAACUCCUGGGAUAGCAAGGUAAAUGCUAUCUCUGAAGCCAAAGAUGUGGAUACGUUGACUGUCGAUGAGCUUAUUGGAAACCUCAAGACGUAUAAAAUGAAGAUGACCACGAAGAAGGUAGAAAAGAAUUAG